AUGUACUGACACAACUCUGGGAAUCGAUAAUCAAGAAGUAUCGGAGAGUAUUUCGCUAUAAAAAGCAUUGGUAUCGAGGUGACCAACUGCAUGAGCGGAUACAGAGAGAGAGCUUUUUGUCCUCAUAUUCGACCCCGUGAUUUUGUUGUCUGCAUAAACAAAAGACUCUAGGCCUGGGCUACCCGUCUCUCGUGGUGUUUUCUUAGUCCGUGUGACUGUGGGACCUCUGUGGUUUGGUCUUUCUGGAAGCGUACGUAGUGCUACUCUAGCAUGACUAAGCAAAAGCAGUCAAGUACCUGCCUGGAAGACUUGGAGCGAUAACAAGAACAUGACGUUCUGAACUGUUAUCAGUCUUGCUUCCUGUCAUAUCAUUGUAAGUUCCCCGGUACUUCUAUCGUUAUUAUCACCAACAACUGCACUGCGUGAUCCAUGCCUGAUGUGUGAAGAGGGUCCGUUUUGACUUUGAGAGAUAAUAGUGGGUUUCAAUGUUUGCCAGAUCAGAGUAGAGUCAGUGUGGCCUUACCGCCUUUCGCGUUGACACAAAACUAGGUCUACUGAACUUGUCUUCGUCUGCGUGGGAUGAAUUGAAGAUCCAGUUUCGAGGACAGUUUUAUUGACAGUGUACACAAAGUAAGGCGACGUGAAUACCUAGCAGCCGGGAUUUGGGACACUGUUCGUGGACCGACCUUCCCCUCGUGUCUGAUGACCUUGACAAAGUCCUGCCACAGAGAACUGACGUGCCACAUUUCUUUACGCGAACUGAAAGACCCGAUCCUCACGUUUGUGUGUGUAUGACCAGUGAUUGGAUGAAUUCAUUUGACUGUUGUCUAAAUCGACCAAAGUGAUUUUUAAAAAACUUUUGAGAAAUUCCUCUUAUAAUUGCUCUGGGUGAAGUUUAUGCUGAGUGACUACCGAUUUUAAAGCUUUAACAUUCGCAGAAAAAACGAAAAUUUAAACCCUAAUUUUUUUACCUGUUAUUACCUGUCCUGGGCAACAACGUCAUUGCACACCGGACAGGUCCAUAAGUGCUCAGUGCCUCCCAGCACCAAAGCGCGCUAGGUAUCCAUACUGAACAUUCCAAACAGACAUUGGAAAAGGAAAUCAUGGCGACAGGAGGGAAUUCGCGGAGUUACCAGGAUGAGGCGCAGCCGUUUUUGACUCGUGACGGGGGUGGAGACAGCGAUGACCCGGAGCUCUUUGAGUAUGAGGAUAAGCUACACAACAAACGGAGUUCUGGCACUCCGCGCGGGAGGAUCAGGCGCUGGCUGUUCCUGGCUGUGUUCCUCACUAUGGUGAUGGCAGCGGGCGUGGUCACGGCCUUUGUUCUCAUCGCAGAGGAAGAGUCGUCCGUGGAGGAACCAGAGGUCCACGAUGUACCGGAGGCUUAUAGGCAGGCCGUGGUGGCUUCUGAUGCUGCUCUGUGUUCUACUGUAGGGAAGCCCCCUCAGCAUCGCUGUCCCGGCAGAGGUCAAAGGUUACUGGUCAGCUCACCAGAAGUACGGCCGUCUCCGCUGGAAGGAGGUUUUCGAGCCCGCCAUCAAAAUGGCUGCCGGCGGAUUUCCUGUUCCAAUUGGUCUCCACAAUGCUAUCCAAGAUGACAAAAAGCUUUUGACCACGGAGCCGUCUUUGAGAGCUGUGUUUUUCAACAAAGAGACGAACGCGCUGUUCAAGGAGGGGGAGAACAUGACGAGGCCGCAGCUUGCCCGCACCCUCAAGGUCAUCUCGGAGGAGGGUAUGGCGGCGUUCUACGACGGCUCGCUCACAGACGACAUCAUGGCCGAUUUGUCGGACAUAGGCUCCAUCAUAACGCGUGCGGACCUAAAGAACUACCUGGUCCUGGAGAAGACGCCGCUGGAGAUCAGCCUGGACAACGGCGUGAGAGUUAUCUCCCCUCCCCCUCCCGCUGGUGGGGCCGUCCUGUCCUUCAUCCUGAACAUCCUGGACGGCUACAAGAUGACUGGUGAAGAACCUGACUUCGAAGGCGUACGCUGACUACACCCGCGGCCUCAUCUCCGAUACGCGUACGUUUGGCUACGAGUACUACGGGCCGACCUUCUACAGUCGCAACACGACCAGCACGUCGCAUCUGUCGGUGCUGGACCAGGACGGGAGCGCUGUGUCCGUCACUAGCACCGUCAACGCAAGGUUUGGCUCCCAGCGCCGCGGCAUGCGCUCGGGCAUCAUCUUCAACGACGAGAUGGACGACUUUUCCUCGCCAAACAUCACCAACGAGUGGGGCCUGUUCCCGUCGCCCGCUAACUUCAUCGUCCCGGGGAAGCGGCCGCUCUCCUCCAUGUGCCCCGCCGUCUUCCUCCACCCUGACGGGAGCGUCAACAAAGUGCUGGGGGCUGCCGGGGGCUCCAAGAUCACCACGGCAACCGCUUGGGUGGCUGUACACAACAUGUGGCUCGGCGAGAACAUAGAGCAGGCCAUCGACCACAAACGUCUGCACCAUCAGCUGUUGCCUCCACAUAUACAGUAUGAAGAGGGCUUUGAUCAGAAUCUGAUUGCGGAUCUUCAAAAGUUUGGUCACAACGUAUCGCAGUACUCAUUGGGCGCCUCCAUCGUGCAAGGAAUCGACGUGGAGAACGGGCUCAUCUUCGCCGACAGUGACUUCAGAAAGGGAGGCAUACCGGACGGCUUUUAGCCUGCGUUAAACAACA